AUGCCACCAUCCGUCACUGUUCGUCGGUCUAUCCGGUGGUUGCCUGACGAGGCGUCCGAGCCGACGCAUACGGUCGUUAUCACUGGCCACUCGGGUAUCUUUGUGGAUGUGAGGUUUAAGAAGGGGACGGGUGAGGUCGAUUGGGGGUUUGCGGGCUAUCGAUAUCAGCUUUCGGAGGAUACGGUGCAGUUUAAACAUCAUAUUGAUUCGAGGACGCUCGACCCGCUGUCCGUCGUAGAUAUAGGCAAAAACAGCACGCUACCUAAUGGACAGACUCUAGAGUGUGGGGAGAUGGUCAACCCUGAUACUGGGAAGAUGACGCGAUACGAGGAAAUUUGGGAGGAUCUUGCCCUUCCUGUUGAUUCAGAUUUCGCUGAUUCGGAAUUACCUGAAGGCGCAGAGUCGGAGGUGGAGGUGGAGGUGGUUAGAAAGAGUGAGCAAGAGGAUGGGCCGGGGUGUUGGUGGUAUGCUCAGGUGGGAGGGUGGAGCGUUGGGUUGGGUAGAGGGCUGGAUGGAGAGUUUUGGGCAUUUCAGGCGAGGUUGGUGGUAGUAGGGGAUGAAGAUGAAGGGGGCCUAGUGAAGAAGUGGGAGAAGGUGUAUGCUACUUCUAAUUGUCCUGAAACUGGACCAUGGUUAGAGUAG